GACUUCUCACGUGAGUUUUCUCAGCUUCUGUGGACUCGGACGUCACGAGAGGGGCCGUGGUUUAUAAUCGUUUCUUCAUAACAAAUUUCCUCUGUUGCCAGGACACGGGUACGCCCCGUCCCCGACCCGUUGCUAGGAUACAGACGCAGACAAACGGUCCCGUCACCUCGGACCAUGGAGAUUGUGCACGUGUACACGAAGCUCCGCGCGCACUUCGGCCGUCAGUGUGUGUUCACGGACCGGCCCGCGGACCUGCUGGUGGACGUUCAGCCGGAUCCCUGCGUCACGGAGAGAUUUAUCCUCCGCAGACCCCGAGAGGGGGCGCUGCAGGUCUGCAGGGACAUGUCCGAGCACCAGGUGAACACAGAACGUUUCGAGUCCAGCAGCUGUGGACUGAACCAUGUGGAGGGGGGGUGGCCUAAAGACAUCAACCCCGCCGAGAUGGAACAAACCAUUCGCUUCAGGAAGAAGGUGGAGAAGGACGAGGGCUACAUCAACAGCAUCCUGCAGCUGGGCAGUGUGAUGGAGCACUGCAGCAGACAGAACAACAGCACAGACCUUUACCAGGACUACUUUGAGGACGAGGACCAAGAGGACGAGAGUCAGGAGACCACGUUCGCCAAAACCAUCAAUGUCUUCAGAGAUCCUAAUGAGGUCAAACGUAUGGUCACCGGUCUGUCCUGGCACCCGGACAGCGGCAGGAAACUGGCCGCCGCCUACUCCUGCCUGGAGUUCCAGAGAAGCAGCAAAGACGUGAGCGUGGACUCGUAUAUCUGGGACAUUGAGAACCCGAAUAGACCAGAGAUGGCGCUGAAGCCGACGUCUCCACUCGUCUGUCUGGACUAUAAUCCCAAAGACUCGCACACUCUGGUGGGUGGAAGCUACAACGGACAGAUCGCGUACUGGGACACCCGGAGAGGAGGCCACCCGGUGGAGUUUUCCUCUGUGGAGCAGAGUCACAGAGACCCAGUCUACAAAAUCAUCUGGCUUCAGUCCAAGACUGGGACAGACGCGUUCUCUGCAUCCACCGACGGACAGGUUUUAUGGUGGGACAUCCGUAAGAUGAGUGAGCCCACAGAGCGUCUGGUUCUGGACCUGGGCAGGGAGGGGAACCUGGACCGAGCUUUAGGAGCCAUCUCUCUGGAGUUUGAAGCCACGAUGCCGACUAAGUUGAUGGUGGGGACGGAGCAGGGCGUGGUCGUCUCCUGUAACAGGAAAGCAAAGACUCCGGCCGAGAAGAUCGUCUGUACGUACGACGGUCACCAUGGACCCGUCCACGCCCUGCAGAGGAACCCAUUCUUCCCCAAAAACUUCCUGACCGUGGGGGACUGGACCGCCCGGAUCUGGUCUGAGGACAUCAAGGAAUCGUCCAUCAUGUGGACCAAAUAUCAGAUGUCCUUCCUGAUGGACGCGUGCUGGAGUCCAGUCCGACCGUCCGUCUUCUUCACGGUGAAGAUGGACGGCGUGUUGGACGCCUGGGACGUCCUGCUGAAACAGAACGACCCGGCGCUCAGUGUCAAGGUGUGUGACGAGGCUCUGUUCAGUCUCAGUGUUCACCAUCACGGACGCUUGGUGGCGUGCGGUUCUCAGCAAGGUGGAGCCACGCUGCUGGAGGUGUGUCCCGGUCUGUCCACCGUCCAGAAGAACGAGAAGAGUCUGCUGGCUGCGAUGUUUGAGCGUGAGACGAAGCGUGAGAAAAUCCUGGAGGCUCGACAGAAGGAGCUCCGUCUGAAGGAGAGGAGUCGCUCGGCACAGAGCCGAGAGGAGGAGGUCACAGGUCGGGAGGAGGGGGAGGAGACUCCCGAUCAGCUGAUCCUCAACACCGAGAACAACUUCUUCAAUAUGGUGGAGGCGGAGCUAAGGAGGAGGAGGGAGAGGGAGGAGAAAGAAAACCAGGAAAAAGACGUUUGUGAAGAAAAAGAAGUGAAAGACGACCAAGAAACUUCAGAGUUUUAAUGUGGAACAAAACCUGGAUCUGGUGCAGUUUUCACGCUUGAUCAAGAUAAAAAAAAAAAAAAACUUCAAAUGUCCAACUUUA